CACUUGUUUGCACUAUUAUACAAAUCUCAUCUCUUCCCAAUCCAACUCCUACUUUUAUCAUCAUCAUAAUUUCCAUAGCCCCAUACUUGCACCAACCAUACCUCAACAAUGGCAGCUUCUUCCUCCUCCACCUUGUUCCUCUCACCCUCCAUCACAAGGCCACAACUCUCACCAACCCAAAUCUCCUUCCAAGGCCUCAGACCCCUCACCAGGUCUGCAGCCCCAAGCACCAAGUUGAGCUUCACUGCACCAACCACCAAGAGAUCAAGUGGUGUUGUGAGAGCUGAGCUGAGCCCACCUUUGGUCAUAAGCCUCAGCACAGGUCUAUCACUAUUCUUGGGUAGGUUUGUGUUCUUCAACUUCCAGAGGGAGAAUGUUGCCAAACAAGGCUUGCCUGAGCAGAAUGGAGUGACUCAUUUCGAGGCUGGUGACACCAGGGCUAAGGAGUAUGUGAGCCUCCUCAAGUCAAAUGACCCAGUUGGAUUCAACAUUGUGGAUGUUCUGGCUUGGGGUUCAAUUGGUCACAUAGUGGCUUACUACAUCUUGGCAACCUCCAGCAAUGGCUAUGAUCCCAAGUUCUUUGACUGAUGUGAUUUCGUUUUGAUCCACCAUGUUGGUGUUCUUUUCUCUUGCUUGUAAUUUGUAUAGCCUAUUAAUGAAUCACUAGUUGGAGAGCUUCUGUGUUGUGUUGCUUAUUUACUUUUUAAAAUUUAGCUCAUUGUGUGGAGUUUGUUUGAAUGCUGUGUUCUUGGAAUUUAAAGAGCUUAUUCCAUGUGUUCUUA